UCUCUUUCUCACAUCAUGAACUCAUUCAUAUAAACUCAGAGGCUCAGAGCUAGCUCCAACUUCAGCAAUUAACUUGCCAGACCCAAUAUCAUAUUUAAUUAUUUCUAUUUCCUUUCCACAGUCCACAGCUCACCAACUUCUCAGAGAUUUCUUUAAUCCUUAAGUAACCAAAUCUUCCUCUUUCUUCAUUCAAAGAUCGAUCUAAUGCUCAAGCAGACCACAGCUCAAGUUUCCGAGCUCUGCAUUAGAUUUCUACAUCCAGCUUGUCUUAAAGUAAUCCAAGCAAGCAGUAACUGAAGGGGUUUCAGCCGGCCUACGUAUAGCUCGGCUUUAUUUGGAAAUUUGGGAGUUUGGUCUUUUUUUGGGCUCUGUUACUGUCUCUGUUGAUUUGGCUGUUGGUUUUGACCAGCAUAGAAGACUGUGCAGAACGACAAGAGGCAAGCACCUGUGUGAAUCUGAUCGAGAAUAUUUUGUAACUGAUGAGUCUCAGACAACUCGAUCGUAGACUCUGUUCGUAGUUCUAGUUGUUAGAGAUAUCAAUAUAUACAUAAAGAAAGCUGGCAAAUAAGUGGUGGGAGAGAAUAGAUGUGGCGAUGGCGGGGUACAAUGGCAGAUCAGAAUAUAUGCAACUCUUCCGGCCUGAACUACAACUCCAGAGACCACCGCCACCUUCCAUCUCUGUUCCGCCGCAGCAGCAGCAACAACAACAACCUCAACGUUCUUCCGAUUCUCCGCAGCAAGAUGACUCACCCGAAGGAGACCAAGAACACAAGAUCGAGUCCGACACCGCCGCUACAAGUUCAGGAGGCGGCGGCGGGAGUGGCGGUGGGGGAUCAGUGCGUCGUCCUAGGGGGCGUCCGGCGGGGUCAAAGAACAAGCCGAAGCCCCCGAUCAUCGUGACGCGCGACAGCCCCAACGCGCUCCGGUCUCACGUGCUGGAAAUCUCGGCCGGGGCCGACGUGAUGGAGAGCGUGUCUCACUACGCGAGGCGGAGGGGGAGGGGAGUCUGCGUGCUUAGCGGCACCGGCACCGUCACCAACGUCACGCUUCGUCAGCCGGCGGCGCCCGCUGGGAGCGUGGUUACCCUCCACGGAAGGUUCGAGAUACUGUCGCUGUCAGGGACGGUGCUUCCGCCUCCGGCCCCGCCCGGCGCUGGGGGACUUUCGCUUUUCUUGUCCGGCGGGCAGGGGCAGGUGGUUGGCGGCAGCGUGGUGGGCCCGCUGCUGGCUUCGGGGCCGGUGGUCUUGAUGGCUGCGUCGUUUGCGAAUGCGGUGUUUGAAAGGCUGCCAUUGGAUGAGGAAGAAGGGGCUGGCGGUGGUGGGUUACCAGUCCAGCAACCAACGGCUUCACAGUCUUCAGGAGUCACCGGUGGCGGAGGUGGUGGUGGUGGAGGUCAGCAGCAGCAGAUUGGUGAGGGAAGUAGCAGCGGGCUCUUCAAUCUGGGAGGGAAUAUGGGGGCGGGGAGCUAUCCGGCGUUUUCGGGUACUGACAUGUACGGGUGGGGCAGCAGCGGAGCUACUCAUCCGCGGCCUCCGUUUUAGUGGUACUUGGUUUCAAUGAGAGUGAAUGUUUCGUGUUUUGGAAUAAGAUAUUCGUGCAUGAGAUGAUCGGUCGUUGACGACAACUUAAGCAAGGUAUAUGCUAUAAGAUUCAUUAAAUUUCUUGGAUCAAAAGGAAAAUUAUGUUCCUUCGUUUCAUGAAAUUCACCAAGGCUUGGUUUGUACUCUUCAGUCACGAGAAGAACAAGGUCAGUAAGUUGAUUAUAGAUGAGAAGAGUUCUUUCUCAUGUACUUUCUUCACUAAUAUCAUCAGACAGUUCUUAAUGCUAGUUGUAUAUUGUGUUAAAUUGCUGAUCGAUGUCAAGUUUCUAGGGUUUUAAAAUUUUAAUCAAUCAUUUUUCCAUGUCUCUUUGAUUUCUGAAAGUCUGAGACUAUUGGUGUUUCAUUAUCGAUCAUAUAUAUAAUUUCUGUAAUUCAGUUUUUGUUGUUAA